GUGUAGAGCCCUAUGUGUACGUGCUAUUUCAGCAACAAGGCUAAGACAUGUAUCAUGCCCCAAAGAGCUUAUAAUGUUUGCAUAACUUAAAACACAGGAUAUGAGUUUGGAAGAGGGAGACAUGAGGGAUUGAGGAGGAGAGAUGUGGGGUUUGGGGGCUAGGCAGAGCCAGGAUUGCUUGAAGAACAGUUUAAAAAAGAGAAGUGAUUGGUAGGCAAGGACAGUGAGUGUCCCAGUUUCUCAGAGGCUCUAAAUAUCAUUUGAAGGGAGUUAGAAGAAGUGCAAGACAUAUUGCACACAAAAAGAAAGCAAGGUUUCUGUGCCAAUGAGGCAAUCUUAAAUUGGAACCAUCAUAAAACUGCUGCCAAUUGGAUGAAAUAACUGCAGCUCAGAAUUCUCAGUCUAUGCUAAGGUAAGAAGCAAAUGUAACACCAGCACUUUUAUUUAAAAAUAAUAAUAAAUGGGGCAGGGAUUUUGAAAAGAAAUAGUGUGGAUCAGAUUAGCACCCCUCUCCCACGUGCUAUUCAGCUUCUCCAGAAAUUAACCAAAUCACAUUGCUCGGGGUUCAGAGAUCCUGAUCUUUCUUCUUUUGUACAGCGUCAGGGACCCAGAACUGAGUCAAGCUUAACUGCUUGUACAUUUUAGUAAUUUACCAUCUGAAAAUUGACCCUGAAUUUUUCUGACUUACCUUGUCCAUGAUCUAUGACAGCAGCAGACUUUUUGGAGUCUGUACAUAAUGUGGGUUAGUUAGCAUGGGUACAGUGCAUGCAGUUUCUGUAUGUUUGUUUUUAUUUACCUUAAGGAGUUCUGUUAAGAAUAAAGACAUGCACAGGUGCAUGGCCCAUGUGCUUUUGCCUUAGGAAAAGAAAUGAGACCUUUUCUAAACUGGUAUGUCUGACUUCAGCAACAUUAAUUCAAGUCACAUUUUUAAUUGGCUCUGAAAUCAUCAGUAAAAUUAUUUUGAUAUUUACAGACAUUGUUACUCUGCUAUGGGAAGAAGAAGUCUAGUAGGACAGUGGAAUUGCUUGCAAAGGCAUCUUCCAUUAGGCCUGGAACUAAUACCAGUUUUAGCAGGUCAGAAAGAGUUUUGGCUUCCAGUGACUUGCUGGUUGUAGUCUCAGAGAUCAGACAGUUCUUUCUGCUAACUCCAUUUCAGUUGAGUACUUUGCUUUCUAAUUAAUAAUCCUCUUUGAAGAAGGCUAGCUAGAUGUAAAUAAGAUCAAUGUGGGCUUUUCUGGAUUCCUGCUGAACUUAGCUGGCUGACAUAACAUUGUGCGGGUCUCCUUCGAUUUAUUCACAAUAUCAGUCGUCCAUUGCAAAGUUUCCCGUUCUUCAUGCUUUGAUGUUAAGAUUUGAGAUGUUAUUUGGUAACAAUGUCUUUUUUCCAUCCUUUUUUCUUUCCUAACCUGGUUUCUUCCAGUGCAACUGCAGAUUGAAGACCUGACUCGUAAACUGCGCACAGGAGACCUGGGCAUCCCCCCUAACCCAGAGGACAGGUUGGGAAACAGUUUUAACCAGCUGACAGUAACACUUUUACCUUUUUUAAUACAUUUUUUUGGUGGCAUCAUAAUGUGUCAGUUCAAUACAAUCCUGCUCUAGUCAGAUGACUGCAAUGCUCUUUGUGGAGGAGAGCUGGGGUUUUUCUGUUAGGGAAGAUGGAAUGGAACCAAUUCUAGCCCUACAAAAACCACAGGGAAAAGGGUAAUAAGGGUAUAUCAUUGUUUUUGAUUUUCUAAGGUUGUAGGUUUAAUUAACCUGACUUGUUUUAAGGGAAAUUAAGGUAGCCAAUUAAUGUACUUUUUCAGGGUCUGACUUGUGCACAUGCCCAGUAUCUAGAGGUCUUUCUCACAGGUUCACCUUGCAAACUUUUAAGCACUAUUUUAUUUUAUUUUAAUUUGAAUUUUUUUUUGUUUUUGCAUCAUUGAGUUUGAGCAGCCUGGAAACAUACUCUGAUCAGCUUAUAUGGCAGAGCUUUCUGCUUGGUGGUUGAGGAUGAUUUUUUAAAAGCCAGAUGAGUUUUCUAACCAAUUUCUUUGCUGCCAGCUAUUGUACAGCAUUGGCCAACAUCGGGGAAUUCUGGGGACUCAAGGUGGUGGGGUAAUUCCAGCCUCGUUUACUCUUUUUGAAGUGAAAACGUUGCAAUAGGUUUUUGGACAGCUGUGGCUAUGUUGGGCUUCAGUGACAUUCUGAAAAGUAACAGCAUUUAACCACUUUAUUUUUGUAGUUGGGUUGUUAGCAUGGAACAGCAGAGUCUGGAUUGUUUACCGGAGGGGAGUAAACCCCUCUUUCCCCCCCAAUCUUCCAGCUGGAAUUUGUUGUGUUAUAGCAUUUAGCACAACUGAAGUAGUUUUGCUUUUAAAAUGGGAGUGAAACCUUCUUUGGCUUGAUUUCUACCCAGCUGAAGGUGUAUUAGAUCAGUAAGAUGGUGUCAUGGAUGUUAAAGCCAUUCACUUCUGCAUCUUUGUUUAGCCUUGCUAGGAGUCAAAUUAUUAUGCCUUAUUUCCUUGCAAUAACUAGUUUUCUUUAGCACACAAAUUUUGCACUCCCAUUGCACUUUUUACAUUACAGGGCACCACUGCAUAGUGUCUUUUUGACUAACUUUCACCAUUAUUACAAGUUACUAGUAAACUUUGAAAGAUGGUAUGUUUUUUUUUUAAUCCUUUUAUUGUCAGGAGGGAAUAGAUGUAAAGUCUAUCCUUUUUCCCUUGCUCUUGGUUUUUAAGAUUGAGUUGGAGCAAUUGUCCUAACUUGACUGACAGAUUGGGAUUUCUUAUGUGAACAAUAACCCAGACUGAUGAGGGGAGACUUAUUGGUUUCUUAAUUUUUUUCCUGUGAAGGUCCCCUUCCCCUGAGCCCAUUUACAAUAGCGAGGGGAAGCGCCUGAAUACCCGUGAGUUCCGCACCCGCAAGAAGCUGGAGGAGGAGAGGCAUAACCUCAUCACAGAGAUGGUGGCCCUCAACCCGGACUUCAAGCCACCAGCUGAUUACAAGCCUCCAGCGACCCGAGUGAGCGAUAAGGUGAUGAUCCCACAGGAUGAAUAUCCUGAGAUUAACUUUGUGGGGCUUCUGAUUGGACCCAGAGGUAAUACACUGAAGAAUAUUGAGAAGGAAUGCAAUGCCAAGAUCAUGAUCCGGGGGAAGGGGUCGGUGAAGGAAGGGAAGGUGGGCCGAAAAGAUGGCCAGAUGCUACCUGGAGAAGAUGAGCCUCUUCAUGCUCUGGUCACUGCCAACACCAUGGAGAAUGUGAAGAAGGCUGUGGAACAGAUCCGAAAUAUUCUGAAGCAAGGCAUUGAAACACCAGAAGACCAGAACGACUUGCGGAAGAUGCAGCUGCGUGAGCUGGCCCGGCUUAAUGGGACGCUGCGGGAAGAUGACAACAGGAUCCUGCGGCCAUGGCAAAGUGCGGAGACCCGCAGCAUCACCAACACCACUGUGUGUACCAAAUGUGGAGGAGCUGGACACAUUGCCUCUGACUGCAAGUUCUCUAGACCUGGCGACCCUCAAUCUGCUCAGGACAAAGCCCGCAUGGACAAAGAAUACCUGUCCCUGAUGGCAGAGUUGGGAGAAGCUCCAGUCCCAGCAUCUGUGGGAUCUUCCUCUGGCCCCACCAAUACACCUCUGUCAAGCGGGCCCAGACCCUCGGGACCAGGAAACAACCCGCCUCCUCCUAACCGUCCUCCGUGGAUGAACUCCGGCCCCUCUGAUAACCGGCCCUACCAUGGGAUGCAUGGAGGACCUGGGGGUCCAGGUGGGCCUCACAACUUCCACCACCCCAUGCCCAACAUGGGUGGGCAUGGUGGCCAUCCAAUGCAGCACAAUCCCAAUGGCCCACCACCCUGGAUGCAGCCACAUCAUCCACCCAUGAACCAGGGGCCACAUCCUCCAGGUCACCCGGGCCCCCACCACAUGGAUCAGUACCUGGGAAAUACGCCUGUGGGCUCUGGGGUCUAUCGCCUGCAUCAAGGAAAAGGUAUGAUGCCGCCGCCGAUGGGUAUGAUGGCCCCGCCGCCCCCUCCGCCCAGUGGUCAGCCUCCCCCGCCUCCCUCUGGUCCUCUCCCCCCAUGGCAGCAGCAGCAGCAGCCUCCGCCGCCACCUCCCAGCAACAGUAUGGCGUCCAGUACUCCCUUGCCAUGGCAGCAAAAUACGACGACCACCACCACCACGAGCGCUGGCACCGGGUCCAUCCCGCCAUGGCAGCAGCAGGGGGCUGCGGUGGCGGCUUCUACGGGGGCCCCGCAGAUGCAAGGCAACCCCUCCAUGGUCCCUUUGCCUCCAGGGGUCCAGCCUCCGCUGCCGCCCGGGGCCCCGCCUCCUCCGCCGCCGCCGCCGCCUGGCUCCGCGGGCAUGAUGUACGCCCCGCCCCCUCCCCCGCCCCCCAUGGACCCUUCUAAUUUCGUCACCAUGAUGGGGAUGGGGGUGCCGGCCUUGUCACCAUUUGGCAUGCCCCCCGCGCCUCCGCCACCCCCACCACAGAACUGA